AUGGCCAGAACACGCGCCUCCAAGCCCGCGGCGAAUGCCAAAAACGACGGAGCAGCACCAACAUCGACGAAGCCGACAUUGAAGAAGAAGCUGGACGCGCCCGUCAACACACCACCGCAGCUCUUCAUCUUACCCAAACACGCAUCAACGGCCGCGCGCAUCGCCAGCAUCCCGAACCCGUCCACGUUAUCGCCUAGUCGAUACUUCAUUUGCCCGGACCAGGGAUUCCACGAAUUCACCAAGAUUGCCGCUCCCAAAGCACAAAAGAGGAGCUGGCUGCUGGCUCCAGAUCGAUCAGCACAGGUAGAAGAGGCGCAGAAGAAUGACGAUGGCUAUGUGUUGCAGACGCCCGACAUGUUGGUUGCGACACCAAUCGACCCUCUUUUCCUGCUUCUGCCAGCUCUGAUGGGAGAGGAGACGGGAGCACAGGAGUUCAUGGCGUCUUCUGACUACACUGCGAAACUGGGCGAAUCUGCACCGCAGUUGAGGAGUCUGCUCGAAUCAGACAGCACGAAGACGCUGGAGCGCAUCUUUGAAAGUAGAGUGGAAGCUGUGAGCGACUGCAUGGACAUGGGAGACGAGAAGAUGUAUGCCCUGUCUCUUCCAAAACUGGUCAAGGAGCUCGUCAGCAAAGCAAGGCGAAUGUCAGCCAGAGGCCUGCCUGCGACCAUGGAAGAGCACUUCGUCAGACAGGCCCUGGACGUCCCCGUCCUGAGCGUAAAGCGAGAGGAAAGUGGCUUCAGUAUGGCCAGUGAAGACUCUGUAGAAGGAGCUGAGAGCCAGCCUCCAUCCGGAGCCGAUUCUCAAGAAUCGACAACAACUACUACAAGCGUGGAACCAACCGCCACGUCCAUUUCCAUCACCUCCACCAACGACACAUGCAAGGAAAUCGCAGAUCUGCUUCGCCUCCGAGUAGCUCUGAACUUCGUCCUGACUUCCUACAUCCUACCCAAACUCAAAAAACGCCUGGACCCUUUACUCUUGGACCCAAAAGUCAUAGAUAUAGAUUUCGCUCCUCUGGACAAACAGCUUGCGCAUAUUGCUCAACUGAAGAAGGAUGCUCAGGCAUUACGUUCUCUGAGCGACAAUAUUUCCAGAAAGCGUGCUCACGAGGUGGACGAGGAAGCCGGAGAGAGGGCUGCAGAGAAGAAGCGUAAGCUGGAAGAGGAAGAGAAGAAGAAGAAGAAUAUCAGUCAAGGCGUCAAGAGGUUGGCCAAGGCUGAUACGAGUGGCAUGAAGAAGAUGAGUAGCUUCUUCACCAAGAUGCCGCCUGCUAAGACAGCGAAGAAGUGACUAUGAAGGCGUGAUGAGUAUAUGAUCAGCACGAGAAGACUGUUUGUGCUCCCACAGCUUGGACAUGAAGAUUCGAAAUUCGGACCUUGAGGAACCAGAAUAUCGAAGGUCCAUCCCGUCGUGCUCGACUGUCACACUCGUGCGCUCCUCGUGGCUAGGAAUUGCCUGCCUUGUGCUACUGGAGCGACCAACGAUCAGCUCCACGCUCUUUUCGCAACCAAGGCAACUGCUGUUAUACUACUACACUCGCAUUAGCCAAAAAUGCUGCGGAAGUCGUCGCCAGGAUGAGAGAGUGACGACGGAGAGAGCCAUUGGAGUCAUGUAUUGAACCAGAGCAGGACGAGCAGCGUCCUCCAGGAUUCUACCCCGGACAUGUGGGAGGAGCUACCCGCACAACCGACUUGGAUGGAUACGAAGGCUAUAAUGGAUCCAAUCGAGUUGUUCGCUUUGCGUAAUGCGAUACGUUGGUCCCAGUGGUUGGAAAGAACCAGAUUGCCAGCGAAUCAUCGCCUAGUCCAAUUUGGGAUACAUUUACGGUCUUGCAAGAGUAACGAUCUAGUCUUGAAUUCCAUAAUUCCUUCCUCUCUCACUCUA